GCUCUACUGGCGCCCGAAUCAGGAUCCGCCCAGCGUGUCCGUCAUGGUGGGAGCACGGGUUUCCGGCAGAUCCUGUUGGGGCCAAAAAAAAAAGGGACACUUCGGAUGUCGAAAUCUCAAGCUUUUUUCCCCAUCAACCCAAACGUGCGUCUGACUCGGCCCUAUCGUUGGUCGGACUCGGGAUCCGAACUUGAAGCCUCCACCACCAAUCCGCAGACGAUGGAUCACAUCGCGGCCGCCAUCCCGUGGCUUUCUCCAGCCCAGUGGUGCCAGUCGUUCUUCACCCUUGCCGCUGCUGGCAUCCUGGCCGUCACCGUCCUACCCCCGCGGCUCGGCUGUCUCCUCCUUGGGUAUGGCGCUCGCAGCUCCGGCGCCAACGGUGACCGCCUCUCCACUGGGAGCGGCUGGCUCGAGGCUCUGGUCUCCACCCUCACGGCGUGGGGUCAGGUGCCGCACUGGUGGUUCGGCAGCUUUUACGCCACGUUUCUGGCAUGCUCCGCCUUUUGGGCAUACCAGUACGCCGUCAGUGGCAGCGCCAUACGUCUGCUCGCCUCUAGCCAGCGCCCCGACCUACCAGAGGGCAAGCUGGCCUCCCGGAUCAGCCCUCAUGUCGCCCAGGGCGUCUUCGCGGCCUGGGCACUGAUGGCCCUUCAGGGAGUCCGGCGCUUCUAUGAGCAAGUCUUUGUCGUUAAAAAGUCCGCUUCCACCAUGUGGGUCAUCCACUGGAUGUUGGGUAUGGCUUUCUACAUGGUCAUGAGCAUCGCCGUGUGGAUAGAAGGCGCAGCUCUGAUCCUGGAUCCCCAGCCUGUCUCGGCCCUAUCCACACAGCUACCCUCGAUCAAGGUAGCACUGGGGUCGCUGAUGUUUGUCCUCGUGUCGGCUGCGCAGUACAGGUGCCACAGGCAUCUGGCCAGCCUGAAGAAGUACUCGCUUCCCACCCAGGGGCUAUUCCAGUACUUGGUUUGUCCGCACUACACCUGCGAGUGCCUCCUAUACCUAUCACUGGCGGCCGUGGCAGCGCCAGAGGGCCAAAUCUCCAACCGGACCAUCGUAUCAGCAUUUCUAUUCGUGGUGGUGAACCUCGGAGCGACAGCGCAUGGGACGCGGAAGUGGUAUAUGGACAAGUUUGGGGCGUCGAGUAUGGGGUCGCGGUGGAUAAUGAUCCCGCUCGUGUACUAGACAGGCACUCUUGCCCUAGUCUGGCCGGCUUCAAGUAGGGGGGACUCGUCCAUCAUGGCUACCGCUUUAGGAACGAGCCAAGCUUGCUCCCGAGCUUGGACACCUUCAUGACGUCCCGAUAGGUCAGGCUCGUCCGCACUCCGCGCUCGCUUCGCCCUCCCUCAAACUCUUUGCUCGACCUGAGCAGGUCCCAGUUGGCUACGGUGUCCCUAGAGAGGUCAACGUCGGCGUCGAUGUCCGCUAUGCCAUGGAGAUAAUCCAUGUACAGGUUCUCGGUCGUGACUAGGAGACUACGCGGCUCUUGCAGUACUCUCCAAGCCGGUUCCGGCUCCAAUGCGCCGUCUUCCUUGCUCUGGUAUAUGUUGAGGCACAGGCUCGCGCCGAGGCUGAUGGUGCAUACAAUGGGGUGAUAUGCUGCCCCGUCCUAGAUCAAGAGGAAGGAGUUGAGUCUUCCGACACAUCGACACAUUCAGUGGCACCCCUACCUACCUUGUGAGGCAUGAUUCCAACGCCAGGGGGAUAUUCAUUGAUGAGGACGUGGUUGGGUGCCUUGUGGGGGCUUUCAUCGAACAGCAUUCGGUGGGCUUCAUCCGAGUCGCCUACGAGCGGGAUCGAGGUGAGUCGCGACACAACAGGGUCCAUCAGCCAUCCUGGUAGCGGAGCGUCCAGAAGGGUGUCCUUGACCAGAUCAGAGGGCCAUGUCUGAAGACGCCGGUGGCUGAGUUGCUUCCACCUUGGCUUGGGCGCCGAUGCGAUCUGAACGUGGGAGCGCCGAGUGCCAGUCAGCGAACAGCCCAGGCCUGUUCAACGGCAGGAGAAGGUCCAGGCGAGGUGCGCACCUUGGAGAGCAGGUGCUGCUCCUCCUCCUCGGUGAUGAAGUCGGCGAUGUAGAAUGCCCUUGCUGGGAGCCUGGUAAGGACGACUUCGUCGAGGGAUGCGGGUAAACGCGGGAGGCUUGGGGGAGAGGGCGGCUCCAAAGACAGGUCCGAGUCCAUCUUUGCGGCACAGGCGGCGAGCGAGGACACGCAAUAAAAGCAAAAAGACACGAUGAUGCGAAUGGAGCUGGCUGUUGACUGGCGGGGCAGCGGAUGGAGGGUGGAUUAAACACCCCCACAGGAGGCGGAGAAUACCAAGCAUUUGCCAGUGUCAGACUGUCUGCGCAUGGCCAGGACGGGCAUCCAUAACCUGUGCUCUGCAUAAAACACACCCGGAUACGAC